GACUUUCAAACUCUUGCCAUCCUCUUAUUCUCUUUCCUCUUACUUUGUUCACCUCAGGCGAGGAUGAUGAUGACGAGGAGUGCGGGGAGGAGAAGCUGCCGUCAUGUUUUGACUACGUCAUGCACUUCCUCACCGUGUUCUGGAAGGUUCUGUUCGCCUUCGUCCCGCCAACAGACUACUGGAACGGCUGGGCCUGCUUCGUAGUCUCCAUCUGCAUGAUCGGACUUCUCACGGCCGUCAUCGGGGACCUGGCUUCUCAUUUUGGCUGCACAGUGGGCCUGAAAGACUCAGUCACAGCUGUAGUAUUUGUUGCAUUGGGAACCUCUGUACCAGAUACCUUUGCCAGUAAGGUAGCUGCUAUCCAGGAUCAGUAUGCAGAUGCAUCCAUUGGUAAUGUGACGGGGUCCAAUGCUGUCAAUGUUUUCUUGGGCAUUGGGGUGGCGUGGUCCAUUGCUGCCAUCUACCACAACAGCAGAGGGGAAGACUUCAAGGUGGAUCCAGGCACGCUGGCCUUCUCCGUCACGCUCUUCACAAUCUUUGCCUUCAUCUGUGUUGCCGUACUGAUGUACCGAAGGCGGCCAGAGAUUGGUGGAGAGCUGGGCGGGCCCAGGACUUCGAAGGUCCUGACCUCCAUGCUGUUCUUCAGUCUGUGGCUCCUCUACAUUCUCUUCUCCUCACUGGAGGCCUACUGCCACAUCCAAGGCUUCUAAGAUAACAGCAGAUGAUGAAGAUAAGGGUAGGACGGAAGGAUAAAAUGGAGGGAGAAACUAUAAGGGGAGGUGGAUAAAUGGAUGGAUUUUGAAAUGAAGGCUCAACGAUCAUCAUUCCCUAUCUUUACGCAAUAGACUGAGUGAAGGUUGAUUGGAUGGAUGUACAGAUGAGGGAAUGCAUUGAAGCAUCUAAAACCGGAAUGGAAGGAAGGACAGAUGCAUGGAGGUAGAGAUCGUAGGAGCUAGAAAGCUCAGAAGGAAGCUCUGAAAGAAAUAAUUAACUAAGGAAUACAUUUUUUUUGGUCUCGAUAUAUAAAUUUAAAACAAUCAAGUUGUCUUAAACCCAUCCCUGUUUUAAGCCCAAUAAAACACAUCCUCAACUUUG